GUCGGACCUGGAACAUCGAUCAGUGGUUCUGUUGGGUUCGCGGGAGGAGAGAGCUCUGAAAGGGAGAUGGGAGGUUAGGGCGGCCUGCCAGCUACGCCUCCUGAUCAAGAGGUGGGCAUGUCAGACGACUCGGAGGGCGACCAUCCGCGUGCUCCUUUGAAACCGGGCUUGCAUGUAUCUCGCCGCCACUGUUUGCUUGGGGAGUCGACGCCACAUGGAGGCGGCGAUGGCGAACGGUUGCGACAGGGCUCAGAAUCGACGACUCCUCGUGGUCUGGUCGAAAGGAUCGGUUUGUUCGUUCGUGGCAUGCAGGUGGCCGAGGUUUCGCCUGGAGAUCGAGCGGGUGGUCCGCAGGUUCGAAAGGUGCGUGGGUCAGAUGAGACGACUCGCCGGGCCCGACCAGCGUCGGGGGAACGACAGACGGAGUUGAGCCAGGAACGAGAAGCGAGGGGGAACGUCGCCGGUGAGGAGGAGGUGUCCGAGCAGGGGCUGUUCGGUGAGAGAUCGGUUGAAAAGACUCAGUCGGGAGGGAAGCGCAACUUGCUGGAGGAGGAAGAGCGAGAGGGACUAGGUGCUCUGAAAAGGCAGAGAAAGGUAGGAGGGAGUGCUCGGACGCCAACAACACGAGAGGGCAGUUCCGUUGAGAAGAGGAAAAGGGUUGGAGGUGGGGAUGAAAUGCCAAAAGACUCGUCGACACAGCGAAGAACCGAUGACUCCGUCUUCGCUUUGGGGUUGAAGUUCUAUGAGAAGUGGUCGAAAGGGAAACUCCUUGCUUCCGACGACCGGCAUUGGACUGAAAAGUCGCCCACCCAUGAGGAGGUGGCCAAGCCAGACCUCUCCACUGUGACUGACAGCCAGGGGCUGAAGAAACACGUCUGGUACGUGAAGGUGGACGACCCGUCGUUGAAAAAGAGGAAGGGGAAGCCAAAGAAAGGCGCGGAGGAGAAAACUUUCUGCGUCCAAGUUCCGGAGCCGGAUGUCCACUGCUGGAUGGAAUUGGUGGACUUGACGGACCGCGAGAAGAAAAGGUUGUUGAACGGCGUCUUGAACCUUAACGUCGUGUGGGUUCAAAUGAGUAGCAAAAAGUUGGCCGAGCAGGGGAAGUUCAGUGUCAAGGAGAUGGUCGACAUAAUAAAAAUGGACCGGAUUAUGCUGAGGCUGUGGCACUACGUGGAGUUCGAGUAUGAGGAAAUGGAUAAGCGGGAGUGGAAUGCCAACUCCACGUUCUUCAGGUCCAAAAAGCAACUGUUCGAAGAGUUCAAGGACAGAGGUCUCGACGACAAGCUUUGGAACGAGAGCAGGAAAUUUUUCACGGACACCACAUACGUCAACAAGUGCCCUCAGUUUCUCGGGUGUCAUCAUGACAACAACAUCAAGAGAACGGUGGCCCUCGUCAACGACCAGCAUUUCCCGUCGGAGUGGAAGCGUGUCGUCCUUUCGGUGAUCGUUGGAGAUCGCGCCAAAGGCAAAAAAAGUCCUCGGGGCGUUGAUGAAUGCAUCAACAUUACGUGGACAAGGACAAGCGCCUUGACGACGCUGACCCAGUUUAACGUUGACCCAUUGACUGCCAUAGAUCAUAAGGCCGCGCUGGGGAAACUAGGGCAUCAGCUACACUCCCACACUUGCAUGCUCGACUUGUGCGGAACUGUUGACCGUGCGCAAUGGGACUCUGGGGCAUUCGCGUCUCAGAGUGAGUUGCUGGGCUUCGUUUCUCAGGACUACUGCACAUUGCUGGUAUUCGUCCCCUGCCUGUGGAACCUAUCCUUCAUGACAUGUUUGUCUGCGCUUGAGGCUACCCGAUGCUACACGGGGAAGUGGGUUCGGAAGACGACAUCGAAGAAGACGCAUCAGUUCGGAAACAGCGUCUGGGAGGAGCCGGAUAUGAUGCACAUCCUUUUCAAAGGCAAGGAUCCUCGGCUACUGACUCACCCGGUGUACGAGGGAGUUGUUGCUGAAGACGACGACGCCGCUCUCCGGAGGAAACAGAAAGUGACAUCCACGGAUGUGGAGGAGAAGUCUUUCAAGUCUUUGACUUUCGCGGACAUCGGAAACCUGACCCAGAGGGGGGCUCUGUACAAGGACGGCGAGCGGAAUCCGAAUCAGUUGUGCAAUCAGCUUCUUUUCUUCUGUGGUGUGGCGGAUGCCGUGCUGUUCUUGGGCAAGCCGCACGCGYAGGUGGUGUGGAGUYUGCUUCAGCAGGGAAGGCACGUCUUGGCCGUGGAUGGGGACACAACGCAACUCGAAUACACCGUGCAGUAUGUCACCCAUGAAGUGUCAUCCAAGGCUUACCCAUGUGAUUUCCACCAUGUCGUGGUCGAGCCCGUUUAUGACCCGAACAAGGACAUGUUCUUCAAGUUGACUCCGAAGAAAAGGCGCCAGGUCUACUCCUUCCUUUACGGCGAACAACCAAGGUUGAGAUUUGACCCGCAGUACGUGGUGCGGAAGGAAGUCACCAUUGCGGUCCUCCAGGGCUACCACGGAGCGAAUCGGGCCGGCGCUGUGACCUUCAUUAAGAGGCUGGAAUAUGUCUCUUUUAACGAGGAUGUUGUCGAUCCGGCCGACUUCACUUUGGAUAAGUACAAGCUGGCAUUCGGUGAGGAGGACGACUUCAAUAUCGAGACUAAGCAGGAGGAGAGCGUUGAGGACGACCUCUUCGAUUUGGACGGAGAAUUGACCAUCUUCAACGCCCAAAUUUCCGAGUCGCCAUCAUCAAAUAAAUGGCUGGAAGUGUCCUCCGCGUUCUACGCCCUUCCGUCAAGCCCGUCAAUUAAGCAAGUGAGUUGGGAGUUGCCUGGGGUCACCCCGCCGGCAGGAGUUGUGAAGCGCAAGUCUCACGGAAAGGACGGCGACGGGGAUGGUGAAGGCGGUGGGCAACGAGGUACCGGAGGUGGAAAUGAACAGCGUUCGACGAAACAGCGGUCUCCGGGGCGCGCAGGCGGCGGAGAGGGGAAAAAGGGCAGCCAGGAGAAGAAGAAGCCUCGCAGCGGAGAGAAGACAAAGCAUCACAGAGGAGACGGGCAGGGGGCCGAUGUCGACCACGACGAGGACGGUGGGGUUCUAGCGGUAACAGGCAGCACCUCAAUGGAGACGGGGAACGACUUGAGGCCUGGGCUGUGCCAUCGAGGGAGCACAACUGUCUACAGAACUCGAACGGUGGUCCGGGUUUCCGAAAACCCUGGCGACGGAAUUCGGAUUCAUCCGAACCAGGAAGCCGUGUCAGCCAUGACAGACGAUCGGUGUCAGGAUGCAGUAAUGCUGUGCGUGGAAGCCCACAAGGAGCUGCGGGCGGACUGUCRGACUGAGGGUGAGUUGGCGACCAGUUCCAAUGUCGAGCCCAACAGACUCGGAGCCGAGUUAGCAGUCGUAAGCGACUCCCGGGUGAAAGCGGUCAUGUCGGCGUCAUUGGGAGCUGCGGGGGCUCAGAUGAAUCCGAACCAGGGCCCUGUGAACAUCUCCCUCCCUGAUGCAUCUUUGGAGAUGACCGUGAUUCGGAUUCAUCCGAGGCACACGGAUGAAGGACUUCAACUGGCAGGCGUUGAGGGAUGUCGACUACUGACGACUUUGGACAAGGACAAUUCCGCCGACGACCGGAUUGAUCCGACACUCAAGAACGUCGGGAUGGAGCUACCAGUUCAGCCGGGAUACGACGAUCCCUUAUACUCCGCCCUUCACAACGAGGCGACGGGGGAGGACGAUCUGAAGAAGGCCUCUGACGCUGUUGGAGAUAGAUUUCUCUAUUUGAGUGACGACGACAAAGACACAGCGUACGGGGACAAGAAGUUAAGGGGGGGAGAGGUGUUGUUGGACAUCCAUGGGACAUUGAGCCCAACACAAUACGACACAGUGGCAAUGGAGAAAACACAACCUGUCGAUGUUGUGGACGUCGACGAUCUUUGUCCGGAGACGAAUAUACCGUCUACGGUCAUCGACGCCGACAUCUCAAGCCUGUCAAGUUUCCCUGUUGGUUUGGAGCACGUCGUCGCCUCGUCGACGCGCGCAGGGGUGCCAAUCGUGCUGGGACUGCCGUCGGUGGGCUCUGGUGAAGUGGUAGCUAGGCCUGGUAAGCACUGACUUUCUCUGCUUUCUUCCCGCUCGUCAGCCCGUUCGUGAAGUAUUGUUCGCUUCAUCGAUUUCG